AUGCAUAUCCCAAAGAUCUCAUCGGGCUUAUGUCCUUCAAAAUUAUUAGCUCGUUCUAUAUCAGACGAUGUUACAUCCACUGCUGAUGCAUUUAAGAGUUGGGACACAUGUAUGGAUAAUAAGACAUGUAAAAUAGUGGCAAUUGUGGGUAUUGUGUUGGCAUCGUUGAUCUGCAUCUGGAUAUUAUCAACGUUAAUUCAAUGUAUUUGCUUGGGUAAAACUUGCCUUGAAUCUUUAUGUAUGUGUUGUUGCCGUCCUGCCAAUCGCCAAAGAGUUGUUGAACAGCAGGUUCCUUAUACCAAUCCAAACAUGUAUCCUACACCAGCACCUUACUAUGCAAGAGAGCCGCCUGCAGUUUACGGUGGUAGAGGCUAUGUGCCAGUUGAUGAUGAUAGCGAUAAGACUAAUCCAUUUUCUGAAGAAAAGCAUACAUCUUAUCGGGGAUACAGGUCUUAG